GGUCUGGAGGCAAUUGAAUGGAAAGUGGCUUUGAUAAAACAUUGUUUAAGUUAAUAUUGUUUAGGAGCUUUGGAAACAAUUCGAUUGACGAUUUUUGUAAUUCUGUUGGGAGUUUUCUGUAAAUGUUUGGGAUGUCUAUAAAGAAUGAGUUUUUCCGAAUGGUGCUUGAACAAAAGGGUAUAAAUAAAUUAUGCGGGUUACCUCUAGUAGUGGUAGGGAGAAUGCUGAAUGAAUUAUCAUGUUUUAAUUUAAUUUUGCCUGAGAUAAUAUUAUGGAAAAGGAUAAGAUUUGAUUUUAAACGUCUGUGCGAUAGAGAUUCAAGUUUAAACAGGUCAAGGAGUUCUUUAUAAUUAGGUAAUGUUGGGCUGUUAUUGUGUUUCAUAGAGCGUAAGUAUAAUAUUUUUAAGAAUUUAUGUUGAACAUUUUCUAAAGAGUUUAUAUCUUUAUUUAAAUAAGGGUUAAUUAUAGGAGAUCCGAAUUCGAGGAUAGGUAAGACGUAUAUUUUGAAUAAAGUAGUUAGGAAUUGAGUGUUAUUAGUUUUAAGAGAUCUUAUAAGAGUAUAAUAAAUUCCAGUUGCUUUAUUUGUUAUUAUUUUAAUGUGAGAAUCCCAUUUUAAGUUUGAUGUAAAAUAAAUGCCUAGAUCACGAAUAGGUUCGUUGGGUGGAAUGAUUGGUAUAUUUAUGUUUUGUAGAGAGUAUUGGUGGAAGGGAUUUUUAGUUCCUAUGUGGAGUGAGCUACAUUUGCUGAUAGCGAUUUUAAGGCCAUUUAUUUCGCAGUAUUUUGAGAAUUUUUGGAUAAAUGUUUGGAGUGGAGAAUAGUGGUUUUUAUUUGGAAAAUCAAAGCAGGUAUAG